AUGAGUUGGCAAAUCACUCUCUUCAUAUAUGUUGGGCCAAUAUUGCUGAUGAAUUCUGGUACACUGAAAGGAUGUCCAUCUGAAUGCAGUUGUGAAGACAGUGAUGGAAAGUUGUAUGUCGAUUGCAGUCACGGUGGUCUGUCUGAAAUUCCUCCAAAUAUUCCAUCUGAUACUACGAGAUUAGUAUUGGAACAUAACGAUUUGACAAGAAUUCCGGAACAUGCUUUUAUGGAUUUGUAUGGGCUGGUUUACAUAAACCUCGGAUGGAACGCAAUUAAUGAUAUUUCACCAAAUGCUUUUUCUGGCGUAGCCAGCUUAACGGAACUUAUAUUACAUAGCAACGGAUUAACAUCGUUAUCGGAAACUGUUUUUAACGAGUUACCAAACCUCAAGAAACUUAAUAUAUCCUACAAUUCGUUAACAUCUUUACCAAGUGAAAUAUUUCACAACUUGACUGAUUUAACAACACUUGACUUGUCCUAUAACAAUCUUCAAUCAUUGAAUUCAUCAAGUUUUCACAAUCUAACAGCACUAGAAUUCUUACUACUCGCUGAAAAUCCCUGGUCAUGUGACUGCCACAUGGAGGCUUUCAAGAGAUGGAUACACAAUAACACACAACUGAGACAGCAGCAGGUUCCAUAUAUGGGUCAGCUACUCACGGGCAAUGGAUUGAUACCAGAUACUAUGAAAGUCUCUGCUAUCGCUAAAAUGCCACGUCUGACUGAUAAGAAAGCAGUACGUUUGUUAGGUUCCAUGGAUUAUUUGUCACGAGUUAUGCCAAAUCUUUCUAAGGUAUGUGAGCCACUUCCUCAGACUCCUGAGAAAAAUGUAGAAUUUAUGUGGGAAAGUCACCAAGCUGAAGCCUUCACCACAUCAGCACCGUUAUUUCAAUACCAUCAUAUCAAAAUGAGUUGGCAAAUCACUCUCUUCAUAUAUGUGGUGCCUAUAUUGCUGAUGAAUUCUGGUACACUGAAAGGAUGUCCAUCGGAAUGCAGUUGUGAAGACAGUGACGGAGAGUUGCAUGUCGAUUGUAGUCACGGUGAUAUGUCUGAAAUUCCUUCAAAUAUUCCAUCUGAUACUACGAGAUUAGUAUUGGAACAUAAUGAUUUGACAACAGUACCGGAACAUGCUUUUAUCGAAUUGUAUGCGCUGGUUCACAUAAACCUCGGAUGGAACGAAAUUACAGAGAUUUCACCAAGUGCUUUUGCUGGCGUAACCAGACUAACAGAACUGUUGUUGCAUAGGAACAGAUUAACAUCGUUACCGGAAACUGUUUUUAAAGAGUUACCAAACCUCGGGAAACUCGAUAUAUCCUACAAUUCGUUGACAUCUUUACCAAGUGAAAUAUUUCACAACUUGACUGAUUUAACAACACUUGACUUGUCCUAUAAUAAUCUUCAAUCACUGAAUACAUCAAUAUUCAAUAGGUUAUACAAUCUACUUGAGUUACGUCUCCACACUAAUGACAUAACAUUCUUACCAUCAUCGAUAUUCCAUGCACUGACAAAACUAAUAUACCUGAGCGUUAGUUAUAAUGAACUGACAUCUUUAUCAACCACUCAUUUCAGUACAUUGACAAGUCUAAGAUCUCUCCAACUUUAUAAUAAUAAAUUAACUGCGUUGCCACGUGACAUAUUUAAACCAUUGACUGAAUUGACAUCGUUACAUAUAGGUUCAAAUCAACUACAUUCUCUAACGAUCCAUAAUUUAACACAGUUGGUCACCUUGCAUGCGUCACAUAAUAGAUUCACAGAUAUAUCUUUUCAACAAGAAUUAACAGAGAAUGCAGUAAAUAUUUUUGGAUUGCCAAACUUACGUUAUUUAUAUUUGCAAAAUAAUGACAUUACACAUGUACAUGGAACAAUUGAUAUUUUCUCCGGAAUAAAUAGCUUGAUGCUCGGAUUCAAUAAACUUACGUUUUUACCUCGGCUUCCUUCAGGACUACGUCAUUUAUACCUCGAAAAUAACAAAUUUGCACAUUUGCCUGACACUAUUCAGAGUUUAUCGAAUCUCCACAGACUAACUCUUAAUAGCAAUGAACUAAAACAUUUACCAAAUUUUCACAAUCUAACAGCACUACAAGUGUUAAAGCUCUCAGGUAAUCCCUGGUCAUGUGACUGUCACAUGACUGCUUUCAAGAGAUGGAUACACAAUAACACACAAGUAGAUACCCAACUAAUCUGUCAAUAUCCAAUCGAGUAUACCGGAACAAACAUUGUCAAUUUAACAGUAUCAGAUCUUCAGUGUCUUCCACCGAAAUUUAACAGCCCAUUUGAAUGGGUGUAUGUUGGGAUAGGUGAAUCCAUAACACUGACUGUUAAUGUUAAUGUCCCACUUCCACAUAUCCAGUGGAUACCUCCUAGUGGCAUUGUAAUUGGUACUGAGCGUGAUUCUGUAGUCCGUCUUGAAUCAGACGGCAGUCUUUUCAUCCCAUCUGUACAGAAUGACUUAGUUGGGUCAUAUGUGUGCAUUGCGAACUACGAUAAGGACCAAGCAGUAGCAGUACGAUAUCUACAAAUACGUUCUCCACCACGAGCCACGACCACAUAUGCGACUGGCUUACCGCCCACUACCUACAUACCUGAGACGACCAGUGAGAACACCUCUCGUAAUAUAUUAUUCACAAUAAAUACCAGAACAAAGGAUGCCCAUGAAACAGCACCAACUAAACAAGAUUAUUUACCAACUUAUGUAGGAUACGUUGCAUCAUUUAUUAUGGGGUCGGUGAUUGGAACAGUUACGAUAGUGUUUAUACUUUGCUGUCGACGCCAUCGUGGUCGUAAACAAAAUACAACACCGGAGAGUACAGAAGUAAACAUCGAUCUUCCUUCUCGCAAUAAUUUGAAUGAUGAUCCUAAUCUCCACUACGCGGAUCUCAGCAAUGUAGAUUCCAAUAUUUAUCAACAAUUGACUACGAUUAAUAACGUCACUGGGGGUUAUGUUAAUUCAGAGAUGUUAGCGACACAAGUGGUUCCUCAAGAAGAUGGUGAACAUACAGAGAACAUUUAUCAUUCCGUUGAUGCUUGA